AUGGCAUGGUUUUCGCAGGUCCCCGUGGUAGAUGUCCACAAGGAUAAUUUUCAUGAACUCAGGCCGUCCAUGCAGCUCGCGAUCCAGUCGGCCACAUUUGUUGCUGCUGAUGCGGAGCUGAGCGGCCUUGGUCCAAGGAAGUUAUUGGUAGCACAUUCAGUGGAUGACAGAUAUAAAGCUAUGUGUGACAUUGCGAAAUCUAGAGCCCUGAUAUCCCUUGGACUCUCCUGUUUCAAAAUAAAUCCUCAACAGACUUGUGGUGAUGUUGUUUCAUUCACUGUUCAGUCAUUUGAUAUCACCAUGCUAUGCAAUGAAGACUACAUUGUUGAACCAGGUGCACUCUCUUUCUUGGUAGAACAUGGUUUUGAUUUCAAUAAACAGUAUUCAAAAGGCAUUCCCUAUUAUAGAGGAGUUGACAAGGGUGAUGGAUCAGAUGUUCAUCAAUUCAGAGAAUUAUUCUCGGAGAUAAUUAAAGCAGAAAAACCGUUGAUUUUUCACAAUGGAUUCCUUGAUCUUGUCUUUCUCUACCAGUGUUUUUAUUCAGAGCUGCCGUCGUCCAUGGCAACAUUCUUAGCAGAUCUUUCAGAGAUUUUCUCUGGGGGUUUGUUUGAUACGAAGUACAUUGCUGAGUUUCACUCCAGAAUGUCUGCAUCCUACUUGGAGUACGUCUUCAGGAAAAGCCAGAGAGAUAAUGCUGUGAACCAGUCCAAAGGAUUAAAACAUGUGACCAUUGGUUUUCCAAAUUAUCCUACCGCCAUGAAAUGUAUUGAAUAUCGACAAUGUGGGUUGCCUAGCAACAUCAUGGAACCUCUAGGAACAACAAAACUUGCAGUUGAACUUUGUAUGCAGUAUGCUGGUUACGGACACUGUCCUUUGAGUACCAAAUGUCCAAAGUCACAUGAUCCUGACCAGAUUCUGGAUCAGGAGGAUUCAGUUUGUGAAAACAAAAGAAAGAGAAAGAGGAAUCGGAAUAGACGUAAGAAUAAACAUAAAAUGGAGGAAAGUGAGACCAAGACGAGGAAAGUUGUUCAAGAUGGUUUGGUAAUUACGGAGCCUGCUGGUGAGACUGAUGAGAAUUACAUAGAUGCUAGGUUUGACAAGCAGCCAAAUGAUCCAGUACAUCUUGAUCUGAACACAAAUAAAUGUUCUGGCAGUGGAAUAGAAUCUGACAAAGCAAUGCAUUGUGGAACACAUGGUACUAUGCUCGAGGGGGAUGGAGAAAUGCAUCUUGGGAUGAAAGAUGAGUCUGGUAUCAAAAAGGAUGUGUUGGAAAGAACUGAAGAUAAAAAAACAAAGAAACGAGCAGAUGGCUCUGGAGAUGCUAAUGAAACUGGCACUAUGACUAGUGCAGUGGAGAAAGUUGGUUUACUACAAAAGCAGCGUAUGAGAGGACACCGUGCAGGUUUUGAUGCAUUCAUGACUGGUUUUAGUAUGGCUGCCUUUAUCGCUAAUCAUUCAACGCGAGGAAUCUCAGACACUGAAACGGAUUGUUCUUUUAUUGAGAAGUUUAGUCUUCAAGACAUUAUCAACAGGUUAUGCCUUAGUGGGAAGGAAAUUCCAUUACAUGUCAGGAAGAGUAAUUUCAGUAAGACAUCAGUCAACCACAGAAACAAGAUGAAGAAACUAAAAGAGGCUUGA